GUCGAGUCGAGUUGGUGCAGAUGCGAAAGGCAGGCCUGAUGCUUGUUGAUUUGGAAGAUCAUCUCGUUUCUACCUAUAAUUCGGAGUUUUACUAGGCCUAGGUAACUUAAUCUACCGCAAGUUGUGUUCAAGGGAUAGUAAAAUGGAUUCUACUAAAGAAGCAACUGAACGGACCCAUAUCGUGGACAAGUCCGAGCCUCUAAAUGGAGCCAUCAAUACAAGCGAUAAGGUCGAGCUGAUAGAGGACGGAGCUUUAGAAGAAGAGGAGAAACAGAGUUCAGUUACUGGGGCAAGCUUCAAUACAGCUAAUAGUAUUCUGGGCUCUGGAAUCAUAGGUAUUCCUUAUGCUAUGAUGAAGUCUGGUCUGCCUUUUGGCAUUAUUCUUCUGAUAUUGGUUGCAGGAAUAACAGAUUAUUCCUUGGUACUACUUAUUAAAGGAGGGCAUUUGUCUGGCCGUGACACAUAUCAAGGGCUAGUAGAAGUAGCGUUUGGUAGAUUCGGCUACUAUUUCCUAACCGUUAUCCAAUUUCUCUAUCCCUUCAUUGCAAUGAUCAGCUAUAAUGUCAUCAUUGGAGAUACGAUUACAGCAGUUUUUAUAAGAGUCUUUGAUGAGGAACAUGUGCUGGCCAAUCGCUACUUCGUUAUAUCAUUAGUAACUGUAUUUAUAACAUUACCAAUAUCAUUAUACCAGAAUGUUGCUAAGUUAGUCAAGAUAUCGAUAGCGUCACUGGUUCUAGUUUUCUUUAUCAUGGUUGUUGUGAUAAUUCGAUACACAUCUUUAGAUUUACCAUCGACACCUGAUCCAUGGGUAUUUGCUAAAAUUACAUUCCCAGAAUCCAUUGGCAUCAUGGCAUUCGCAUUUAUCUGUCACCACAACUCUUUCCUCUUGUACACAUCAUUGGAGGAUCCCACUGUUGAUAAAUGGUCAACGGUCACACAUCUUGCUGUGUUAAUUUCUUUUGUACCUUGUGCAAUUUUCGGAAUUUUUGGCUAUGCAACAUUUACUGGCAACACUCAGGGUGACAUCUUAGAAAACUAUUGUUAUGAUGAUGAUCUGGCCAACGCCGCCCGACUGGUGUUUGCCAUCACUAUCAUGUGUACCUUCCCACUGGAAUGCUUCGUUUGCCGUGAGGUUCUGGAAAACUUUUGUGUACAUCAAAGGUGGGUAGAAGAACCACAGCCAUACACACGGCAUCUUAUUUUCACGCUCGUGGUUGCUGGACUUGUUCUGGGGUUCUCUAUGAGUACAGCAUGCCUAGGUAUAGUACUCUCUCUCAAUGGUAUCCUGUGUGCUAUUCCAUUGGUGUUUAUCCUACCAACUCUGUCAUACAUCAAGUUAGAGUCAGGUUCUCUAUUGUCAAAACAAAAAAUCCCAGCUUUGAUAAUUGCAAUAUUUGGAUGUCUAGUAUUUAUCUGUGGAGUUGUAAUUUUAGUGGUGAAUUCGGGUGAAGGACGGUGUGAAACAGUUGUGGAUUUAUCAUAUUGUAAUGCCUCAGAUUUGAUCACAACGAGUACAUUCACGCAAAAAUUAACCACGAUAGGAAGUACAGUCGCCACAUCUAUUGGGCCAACAUAGAAUUAGAGAGUACGGAAGACAUUUCGUUACAUUAUAUCUGAAUUUUAUUAGUGCAAUAGUUAAUCAUUGUUCAUGUGAUAUGUAAGAAUAAAAAAAUAAUUUUUGGUCUUUAAAUAAUACAAAAAAAUUAUAUCAAACAAUAAUUACAAUAUUGGAUUAUGUGAGAAAAUUUGUAACUGUUUGUGUAAUGUUUUCAUUAGAAUUUCUCUAAGAUAUAUCUAUAGCUCUUGUCGAUGGCAUGCAAUGUGACAUGAGAAAGAGACAUAAUGCUUCAUUUUUUUAUUAGACAGCUUAAAUUGGUGUUCUUGUCGUGAAAA